UCAGAGCAGCGACCAAUAGCGUUGCGCGAAGGCAAUGACUGACGCGUCAAUUCCCUCCAAUCAGCGUUAUCCAAAACAGCGCGUGAACGACCCACCCAGCUGGGUAUAUAUACAGCGAUGACAGCUCGCUAAUCCACUGCGUUUGCUUCAACAGCAAGAGGAGACCUCGAGCACAAAAAGCGAUUCUUCCAGCGAAACCGUUUCGUACAGACGUGUGAACAUGAAGGCAGUAAGCCCAGUGAGGUCUUUCCGGAAAAGUAGCCCUAAUGUGACGGAGCACAGUCUGGGAAUCUCACGGAGCAAGACCCCCGUGGACGAUCCCCUAAGUCUGCUGUACAACAUGAACGACUGCUACUCCAAACUGAAGGAGCUGGUGCCGAGUAUCCCGCAGAACAAAAGCGUGAGCAAAAUGGAAAUCCUGCAACAUGUCAUCGACUAUAUCCUGGACCUGCAGAUCGCACUUGACUCGAAUUCGGCAAUCACCAGCCUCCAUCAGCCGCGAGCGGGACAGGGGACAUCCAGAACCCCCCUGACAACACUCAACACAGACAUCAGCAUCCUCUCAUUACAGACACCUGAGUUUCAAUCAGACUUGAUCACAGAGGACAGCAGGACACUUUACCGUUAAUCAGGUGUUUGGUUAAGACACAAGAACACACAGGACCUGGGAACUGGCUUUUCCUCCGAUUUUCUGUUCUCAGUCUGGAGUUUUUUUGUUUAGUUUUUUUUUUUUUCCCCUGUAAUUGAAUCAAGACUUUUUUUUUUUUUUUGCUUCUAAAAGGACAAUCCAUGUGUUGUGUUAUAAGUUCGGACACUGAUUAUUUAUCUUCAAAAAAGACUUAUUUGGUCUUUUCUUCAAGAGGAAGAAGCACUAUAUUCCCUGAGAAGAGGAGGGGAAACUUGUAAAUGAUCACAAGGAAGCUUUUCUCUGCACUGAGAAGAAGUCUUACCUUUUUUUUUUUUUUCAUGAAGACCGUGUGAAUAGGAGAAGACGUGGUUCGUUACUGUACAAAAGUUUAAGUCUGUUUUUGUCAAUUCUUUUGGCACAUGAAGGACUGGAUGUUGAAAAUGACAUGAAACCUUGUGAACUCUCUCGGAGUUUUAUCUUGUAUAGUUGCAGAAAUUGGACUGUCAGUAUCUGCAAAGUGUUAUGCUGUAUGCUGAGACUUUUUAUAAAAGUAAUAUUGUAAAUUGUACCUUUUUUUUUUAUACAAAAUAAAUCAAAUGCUUUAUUUGA